CGGGUGCUGAGUCUCGCCCGCCAGGGUCUCUGGCUCUACACCCACCCGCUCAUCAAGCUGCUCUUCCUGCCCCACCGCAGCCGGUGCGCGCCCGGGUUCGGGGGCGCAGAUGAGGGUGGGGGCUGUGCUGUCGCUCUGGGCCAGGGUCAGAGGAUUAGGACCUCUGCGAGGCGGGUGGAGCGAGUGCGGAGGUUGGCUGUCAUCCGGCCUGGGCCUGUGCUGGCCGGGACCGGACACCUAUCCGGCCCAGGAGACCCCCUCCCUAGGCUGAACUCCGAGCCGCGUGAAGUGGGGGCGUUCCUUCCUGGCCACUGCGGGAGUCCCUUCCGUCUGACCUUCGGGUCAGCGGGUCCGGCCGAGGGGGCCCAGGGUCCGACGCUCCUAGGGCUGUCACCUCAGGUGUGAGCCUCUCUUCCCUCCAGGAGGAGGAUUGGGAGGCUCCUGGCGAGGUCUGGGGAUGGAACAUAGUCCUCGGUCCUGGAGAUGGGGGCCGGGGAGCACCCCAUUGUUCAGGUGCAAGUUCUUCAGCCUGACCGAGACCCCCGAGGAUUACACGCUCAUGGUGGACGAGGAGGGCUUUAAAGAGCUGCCCCCAUCCGAGUUCCUGCAGGUGGCGGAUGCCACGUGGCUGGUGAUGAACGUGUCCUCUCACAGUGGUGCGGCAGUGCAGGCUGCUGGGGUCACCAGGAUCGCUCGCUCUGUCAUCACGCCCCUGGCUGAGCACCACGUGUCCGUGCUGAUGCUGUCCACUUACCAGACAGACUUCAUCCUGGUGCGGGAGCAGGACCUGUCUGUGGUGAUCCAUACGCUGGCCCGGGAGUUCGACAUUUACCGUGAGGUGGGCGGGGAGCCUGUGCCUGUUGAUAGUGAUGAUUCCAGCAAUGGCUUUCCCCGCACCCAGCAUGCAGGGCCUACUCCCACGGUGCACCCCGUUCAGAGCCCGCAGAACCGUUUCUGCGUCCUCACGCUGGACCCUGAGACGCUGCCAGCCAUCGCCACCACCCUCAUCGAUGUCCUCUUCUACUCACACAGCGCCCCCAAGGAGGCAGCCUCGAGCAGCCCCGAAUCCAGCUCCAUCCCGUUCUUUGCCUUCUCCCUUAUUGAGGGUUACAUCUCCAUUGUCAUGGACUCCAAGACGCAGAAAAAGUUCCCCCGUAACCUCCUGCUGACCAGUUCCUCCGGGGAGCUGUGGAGGAUGGUGCGCAUCGGUGGACAGCCCCUGGGCUUUGAUGAAUGCGGGAUUGUUGCCCAGAUUGCUGGUCCCCUGGCUGCUGCUGACGUCUCUGCCUACUACAUUAGCACCUUCAACUUCGAUCAUGCUCUGGUGCCCGAGGAUGACAUCAGCAGCGUCAUCGAAGUCCUCCAGCAAAGACAGGAGGCCUUGGCCUCCUAAGACCCGGAGGGAGCAGAGCUGGCACCUGGCUCUCUAUCACCCCUGGACUUCCAGAGACUUCUUUAAGCUACUGCCUCGAUCUCUGGGUGGGGCCCCAUUCCUGCCUGGGAGACCGCUCGUUCUGCUCUCCGUAUGUAAGCUGUGGGCACAUGUGUGUACCCACAGGUGCUGGCCCCUGCACGUCUGUACAUGCAGGGAACACGGUGCUCGGGGCCUGAGCCCCAAACCCAUCACUCCUUGCGUGGUCUCAGCAUUUGCACAGUCCCCGCCUGAGGCCGGAGCCAUUCCUCUCCCGCCCCCUGGGGCCGGCUGCCCCCCAGGAGGGCUCCAGUCCUCCUGCCUGGCUGGGUACCUCCUUGGCCAGGUGGGUUCUGACAGUGCCUUCCCAUCCCAGGGCUUCUAAGAAAAGUAUUUUUACGUCUCUCUCUUCUUUUAUUAAACUGAAUGU